CAAAAUGUCAAUUAAAUUAUCCUGAAAUGCAACUAGUUAGCCACUUCUUGUUCUCCAAGUAACAACUCACAUGCCAAAUUCUUCUUUACCACUCUCUUAAACCAUAUCUCAAACCUCAAUCCACUCCUACCAAAAACAAAAAAAAAAAAUCUCAAACCUCACCCACCACUCUCUCUCUCUCUCUCUCUCUGAAACAACAAGAAAAAGCUAUUAGCUAUGGGUGGUUCUCCUAAAAACCCUCGACCAUGUGAUUACUGUGGCCAUUCAACUGCAGUUCUAUACUGCAGAGCAGAUUCAGCGAAACUCUGUUUCUCUUGUGACCGUGAAGUUCACUCCACAAACCAGCUUUUCUCCAAACACACACGCUCCUUAAUCUGUGAUUCAUGCGAUGAUUCCCCUGCUACAAUCCUCUGUUCAACAGAAUCCUCUGUUUUCUGUCAAAACUGUGACUGGGAAAAACACAAUCUUUCACUCUCUUCUCCACAUGAAAGAAGACCUCUUGAGGGUUUUACAGGGUGCCCUUCUGUUACUGAGCUUUUAUCAAUUCUGGGGUUGCAGGAUAUUGGGAAAAAAUCGUUGCUUUUGCCUCAGGAAAGUGUUGGAGAUGGUUAUGUAGGGUAUGAGAUUGAAGGGCUUUCUGAUUUGUUUGUUUGGGAUGCUCCUACUUUUGUUAGUCUUGAUGAUCUUAUUUCUACUUCUCCUUCUUCUCAUAAUUAUAGUGCUAUGGAGGUUCCUCCUUUGCCCAAGAAUCGUAAGGCUGCUUGUGGUAGACACCGAGAAGAGAUUUUAAAUCAGCUUCGAGGGUUGACGAAGUCUGAGCCCUAUGAUCCUGAAGAGUAUACACCACCGACAAAUUUAUCUAUAGGUUUUGAACGCGACGUAAAGGCUGAUAUUGUUCCUUCAAAUGAGUGGCUCAGAGAAAGCAGUGAGCCUAUGUAUCAAGUUGUUCCUGAUACAUCAUUCAUAGCUCAUACCGAAGAUAUUCCAGUUAAUCAUUCCGUAUCUGCUGUUGGGGAGCCUCAUACUCAUGGCAACAACGAAGGGACGCCUUCAGAAUCUCUUAAGUCUGAAAUCUUAUCAACUACUCCUAAAGCUGUUCCACCUCCAUAUGAGAUAGCGAGUCAAGAACGGGAUUCUGCAUUAUUACGGUACAAACAGAAGAAGAAAACAAGAAGAUACGACAAGCAUAUAAGGUAUGAAUCACGUAAAGUUCGGGCGGAGACCAGGACACGAGUUAAGGGCCGAUUUGCAAAGAUAGAGCACUGAAAUCAUGAUAUCAUAUGAAUAUAUAUUAUUUUAUGGUCAUGGAGAGUACAUAUAUAUGGUUGGCUUGGAGCGGAAGUAUGUCGAAGAAGGAAGCAUUUUUCUUGCUACUGCAUUCUUCUGUAGGUGUUCUUGAAGCUGUAGCUUAAAAGGUGCUUAAUGUCUAGCAAAGGAAGGAGCCAUCUUUUGUCCAAGGUUUUGGUUUUCCCACCAAAAUGCUCAUUAUGACUAUGUCUAGGUUAGCAGUGAGUUUUGCCAUAAUCACAGCGUGCCACUGUGAUUUGGUCAAACUCACCGGUCAUGAAUGUAACAAUUGUUGUGGUCUUUGGUUUGGUGUCCCUUUUUGCAUUGAAUUGAAACAGUUGAUGAA